GUCAUGGAGAACCAGACAUUCAGUGCUGAUAUUCUAUCCAUUGAGGGGUUAAAGGUCAGCCCCGCGGCCUCUCUUCCUGCCUUCGUCCUGCUCCUCCUCAUCUACGUCUUCAUCAUGGUGUCUAACCUGGGCCUGGUGCUGCUGAUCUCCACGGAGCGGAGCCUCCACCAGCCCAUGUACCUGCUGUUCUGCAACAUGAGCAUCAACGACGCGUUCGGAGCCAGCGUGGUCGUCCCUCGUCUGCUGAGCGACGUCUUCACUCCCACGACUCAGCGCUACAUCCGCUUCUAUGAGUGCGUCCUUCAGGCCUUCGCCAGUCACUUCCAUGCAGGCACCUCCCACGCGGUGCUGAUGAUCAUGGCCUUCGACCGCUACGUGGCCAUCUGCAACCCGCUGCGGUACGCCUCCAUCAUGACCUCCCGGAUGGUGGUGAGGCUGUCGGCCGGGGCCUGGGUGGCGGCCUUCCUCUCCGUGGCGAUCCUCCUGGGCCUCACCGUCCGCCUGACGCGCUGCAGGAGGCUGAUCAGCAACCCGUUCUGCGACAACGCCUCCUUGUUCAAGCUCUCCUGCCAGAACCUCCUCAUCAACCACAUCUACGGCCUCGGCAGUGCCGUGGUCAUCCUGGGCUCCUCCCUUGGCAGCGUGACGCUCACCUACCUGAGGAUCGCCAUCAUGUGCUUCAGCAGCAGGAGCAAGGGGCUGAGCAGCAAGGCGCUGCAGACCUGCGCCUCCCACCUGGCCGUGUACGUCGUCAUGCUGGUGGCGUCCUUCACCCCCAUGAUCAUGCACCGGAACCCCCAGUGGGCGGACGGGGGCAAAGUGGCGUCCGUCCUGUUCCAUGUCGUGCCCCCGGCGCUGAACCCCAUCAUCUAUGGGCUGAACUGCAAAGAGCUCCGACAGAAGAUCAGCAGCGUGUUUUACACGAGUGACGUCAAAUGA